AUGCCCGAACGAAUUUGUCCCGCCUAUCUGACUUGUUCACCGACCGUCGCCCACCAUUCUGCGUAUCGCGUCCACCAGCCCAUCCGCCCAGCCCAACCAACGUCCUUCACGAACAGCUCAUACCGUUCACUCCGUUCCCAGCCCACCGCUCCAUCACCGUCGGCACCGUCUUUGAUGAAGCAUCUGGCCCAUGGUGUGGUGCUACCGUCGAUGUCGUCAACAUCAGAUGAUCAGAACUGCCGACCAGCAGGUGAAACAGUUGCCGACCUGUACGGCAGCCGACUCCGGUUGCUACGAAAACCGGGGAAAGCACCAUACCAGUGUGCCGACGACGCGACCAACAUGGCCCCAAACUUCAGCCGAGAAAGGCCGACAGCAAAACAAUAUCGAACUACUGGUGCCAUCAUGGCUGAGUGCGUUGUUGCUCCGCUGACAGAGAAAGGGAAACCAGACAACCGCAAGAGCCGGAACGCCAGAAUGGUUAAAGAAAAUCAAUCACCACUCCGGUUCGCUGCCGACACUGGCGAUGUACUGCAACUCGAAGCCAACCAGGGCAACCGGCCUGGCAGUAAAACAAAGCGGGACAGUAAGUUCAGCAGUUUCAUUCCACCAGCCGAGAUCAGCAGCGUUAUCCGCACGGAAUGGAUCGGAAACACCGAACGCGUUGACCGGAGUCCACCGGUUGAUCCCGAAAACACCAGGCAGCAGCCGUCAGACGCUCGAAUGAACGACAAAGAGCAGUGGAUCCAGGUAGACCUCAAACAUCCCGAGUUCAUUACUGGAGUAGUAACACAGGGUCGACCAUCCAUGGAUCACUGGGUCACCAAAUACACUGUUCUUACCAGUAUAGAUGGCAUUGACUUUACUCCUUACACUAGGAGUGGGGAAACAGCUACAGUUGUGUUCACUGGCAAUUCCGACAGAAAUACUCAGGUCAGAGGGCUUACAAGUGGACCAGCCACUAUUGCCCCACCAGGCGUCACCGGAAGUCCAACUGCCGUUCCACCAGGCGUUUCCGGAAGUCCAACUGCCGUUCCACCCGGUGUCUCCGGAAGUCCAACUGCCGUUCCACCAGGUGUCUCUGGAAGUCCAACUGCCGUUCCACCAGGUGUCUCUGGUAGUCCCACUGCCGUUCCACCCGGUGUCUCUGGAAGUCCAACUGCCGUUCCACCAGGUGUCUCUGGAAGUCCAACUGCCGUUCCACCAGGUGUCUCUGGAAGUCCAACUACCGUUCCACCAGGUGUCUCCGGAAGUCCAACUGCCGUUCCACCAGGUGUCUCUGGAAGUCCAACUGCCAUCCCACCAGGUGUCUCCGGAGGUCCAACUGCCGUUCCACCAGGCGUCUCUGGAAGUCCAACUGCCGUUCCACCAGGUGUCUCUGGAAGUCCAACUGCCGUUCCACCAGGUGUCUCUGGAAGUCCAACUGCCGUUCCACCAGGUGUCUCUGGAAGUCCAACUGCCAUCCCACCAGGUGUCUCCGGAGGUCCAACUGCCGUUCCAGCCGGUGUCUCUGGUAGCCCAACCCCUUCACCCAAGGCUGGAAUCUCUGGAAUUCCAACUCCAAAGACUGGGAUUUCGAGAAGCCCAACUGCCGUUCCACCCGGUGUCUCCGGAAGUCCAACUGCUGUACCACCAGGCGUCUCUGGUAGCCCAACUGCCGUUCCACCAGGCGUCUCCGGAUCUCCAACUGCUGUACCACCAGGUGUCUCCGGAAGUCCAACUGCUGUACCACCAGGCGUCUCUGGAAGUCCAACUGCCGUUCCACCCGGUGUCUCCAGAUCUCCAACUGCUCUACCACCAGGCGUCUCUGGUAGCCCAACUGCCGUUCCACCAGGUGUCUCCGGAAGUCCAACUGCCGUUCCAUCAGGCGUCUCCGGAAGUCCAACUGCCGUUCCACCAGGCGUUUCCGGAAGUCCCACUGCCGUUCCACCAGGCGUUUCCGGAAGUCCAACUGCCGUUCCACCAGGCGUCUCCGGAGGUCCAACUGCUGUUCCACCAGGCGUCUCUGGUAGCCCAACUGCCGUUCCACCAGGUGUUUCCGGAAGUCCAACUGCCGUUCCACCAGGCGUUUCCGGAAGUCCAACUGCCGUUCCACCAGGCGUUUCCGGAAGUCCAACUGCCGUUCCACCAGGCGUUUCCGGAAGUCCAACUGCCGUUCCACAAGGUGUCUCUGGAAGUCCAACUGCUGUUCCACCAGGCGUCUCCGGAGGUCCAACUGCCGUUCCACCAGGCGUUUCUGGAAGUCCAACUGCCGUUCCACCAGGCGUCUCCGGAAGUCCAACUGCUGUUCCACCAGGAGUGUCGUCCGGUGUCCUGUGCAGCCAGCCAAUGGGAUUAGACAACGUUUUAAUUGUCAAGGACUCUCAGCUCACAUCCUCAGGAUUUAGUGGCAACAGAUUCAAUGCUCCUGCCGGACGUCUCUUCAAUGAAUUCGGAGCCUGGUCACCCAAAGUCAACAACGGUGACCAGUGGAUCAUGGUGAAUUUCCUGAAGCCACAGGUCCUUAAUGGUAUCUUGACCCAAGGAAGCUCCAUCAGUGACAAAUGGGUUACACAAUUCAUCGUGUCCUACAGUACAGACGGCUUCACCUUUACUCCUAUCAAAGACUCAGCAACAGGAAAGAGCAUGAUCUUCACUGGGAACAGCGACAGGAACACCGUCAUGAAGAACAUCUUCCCCGAGCAGGUGACUGUUCAGUACAUCAAGAUCACCCCCUUCGCCUGGUCUCCAGCUGGAAUUGGAAUGCGUUUCAACUUGCUGGGCUGCUACAAGCCAAGUGUCCAACCCACACUGACACCUACUGCCAAGCCUUCAGUUGCCCCUGGGUUCACAAUGACAACUGGAGUUACCAUGCCAGAGCCAUCACCAGUGUCAACGCUUGAACCAGUCUGCACUAUUCCCAUGGGAGUGGAAAACUACAGGAUUGUUGGCGAAAGUCAGUUGACUGCUUCAUCGGAGAAGGACAAGGCACAUGGUUCAAUCUAUGCACGAAUCAACCAAGGAACGGACGAGUUUGCUGGGUCAUGGGUCCCCGCACCCACAGAUAAAACACCCUGGAUUCAGGUAGAUUUCCUAGAGCCCAAGACUGUCUCGGGUGUAAUAACCCAGGGAUCCGGAAAGGACAACAGCUGGGUUGAGACCUACACCGUCAGUUACAGCUUCGAUGGCAAAACCUUCACUGACUACACUGACACUGCGGGCAAGCCCGUCAAGGUGUUCAAUGGCAGCUCUGACUCCAAAACACCAGUUCCUGUCCUUUUCAACAGAGAUAUCACUGCACGUUUCGUCCGUAUUGUUCCAUUGACGUCUAACGGAGAAACAUCCCUCAGAUUCAACAUCCUCGGUUGCAAUCCAUCCCCAACUAAUCCCCUGAUACCAACAACAGCAGGAGCUCCCACAGCUAGUCCUCCAGUCGGCGGAAAGAGCGGUGUACCCACAGCCAGCCCAAGUGCUGGACAAAGUGGUCAGCCAUCAGCUAGCCCAGUUGUUACAGGAAAGAGCGGUCAGCCAACAGCCAGCCCAGGUAUAGGCCAGAGUGGUCAGCCCACAUCAAGUCCUGGCACAGGACAGACUGGUCUUCCAACUGCAGCACCAGUUGUCUGUGGUUGGACAAAGUGGAUGAAUAGUAACACACCUGACAAUACUGGUGAAAUGGAAUUGCUUCCAAGUCUCAGACAACAGUUCCAGUUCUGUAACACUGAAGACAUCACAGCUGUAGAAUGCAGAGAUAGCAAGACACUCAAAUCCGUCUUGGAAUCUGGCCAGAUUGGUGUAACAUGUGAUAUGAAAUACAGCGGUCUUAUGUGCAGUAAUAGUAAGCAGAUGGUAGGAAGCACAUGCUUUGAUUAUGAAGUAAGAGUGUUGUGUGAGCCAAAGGGUGUUGAUUGCUCUAAAGUACCCACAGCCAGUCCAAGUGCAGGACAGAGUGGUCUUCCAACAUCAAAGCCAAGCACAGGCCUUAGUGGUCAACCAACAGCCAGUCCAAGUGCAGGACAGAGUGGUCAGCCAACAUCAAAGCCAAGCACAGGCCUUAGUGGUCAGCCAACAGCCAGUCCAAGUGCAGGACAGAGUGGUCAGCCAACAUCAAAGCCAAGCACAGGCCUUAGUGGUCAGCCAACAGCCAGUCCAAGUGCAGGACAGAGUGGUCAGCCAACAUCAAAGCCAAGCACAGGCCUUAGUGGUCAGCCAACAGCCAGUCCAAGUGCAGGACAGAGUGGUCAGCCAACAUCAAAGCCAAGCACAGGCCUUAGUGGUCAGCCAACGGCCAGUCCAAGUGCAGGACAGAGCGGUAGUGGCCUUCCAACUGCCAUUCCAGUGGUAGGAAAGACCGGUCUUCCCACUGGUACACCAAGCAUUCUUGGACAACCAUCAGUCAGUCCAAGUUUAGGUCAGAGUGGUCUUCCAACAGCCAGCCCAAGUGCAGGACAGAGUGGUAAGCCAACGUCCAGCCCCAUUGUAGAACAGAGUGGUCUUCCAACAGCCAGCCCAAGUGCAGGACAGAGUGGUCAACCAUCAGCCAGCCCAGUUGUUACAGGAAAGAGCGGGCAGCCAACGGCCAGUCCAACUGCAGGACAGAGCGGUAGUGGCCUUCCAACUGCCAUUCCAGUGGUAGGAAAGACCGGUCUUCCCACUGGUACACCAAGUAUUCUUGGACAACCAUCAGUCAGUCCAAGUUUAGGUCAGAGUGGUCUCCCAACAGCCAGCCCAAGUGCAGGACAGAGUGGUCAACCAUCAGCCAGCCCAGUUGUUACAGGAAAGAGCGGGCAGCCAACGGCCAGUCCAAGUGCAGGACAGAGCGGAGUUCCAACAGCCAGCCCAGUAUCUGGAUCAUCAUUCAGUGUGGCUCCAGGCAUGGAGACAACAGCAGUUGCUGGCCAAACCACAACACCAGUGCUCAUCUGCCCAAAUCCAAUGACCAACACUGCCACUCUAGAAGUACCGGACAGCCAUCUCAGCGCAUCUUCCAGUCUCUCCACAUAUGCAGGACCACAAAGAUCUAGAAUUGAUGCCAUAUCUGACAAUCUCAAUAUCGGAGCUUGGAUGCCCAAGUCAAUGGACAAAGGACAAUGGAUUGAAGCCAGAUUUGACCACCCUGAAUAUAUCAAUGCUAUUAUCACCAAGGGACGUGAGGGAUCAUCACAGUGGGUGAAGGCAUUCAUAAUUGCUUACUCUAUGGAUGGACAGACCUUCCAGUACUAUGAACAGAAUGCAGGCACUCCUAAGGUCUUCAACGGAAACUUUGACGGAGACAGUGCUGUGAGAUCAGUGUUGACCCCAAUUGUUGCUAAGUACAUCCGAAUCCAACCAGUUAUGUGGGAAGGAGCAAUCGCUCUUAGGUUCAGCAUCGUUGGCUGCAGAGCUCCCGAGGAGGUACUUCCUACCCUGGUGCCAUCUGCUGGUCCUUCAGUAGGUCCUACAGCUUCACCUCAGCAGACCUGCGUGACAAGCUCCUGGUCCUCUUGGGUCAACACCAACACGGCCACAGAAGGACAGCAUGAGUUUAUGACCAAGCAGCAGCUUACUGAUUUCUGUCCCACUGGCAAAGUGGACAAGGUAGAAUGCGAGACUGUAGACAGUAUUCCAUCCUACAGUACUGGGGAGAUUAUGCAGUGCUCAGUUGAGAACGGCCUCGUCUGUAACGACAAAGACAACUUCCCCAUCCCCUGCAGUGACUACAGAGUCAGAUACCACUGUGACUGCUCUGGUGUACCAACAGCCAGCCCACCAAGUCAAACCGGAAGUGGCCUCCCAACUGCAAGCCCCGGGCAAGGAGUAAGUGGAACCCCAACAGCAAGCCCCGGAGUUCAACUAACGGCCAGCCCAACACCAAACAUACCAGCUGGAUGCAAAGAAGACAUGGGUAUGGCAAACGGCUUCAUCCGCAAUGACAUGAUCUCCGCCUCCUCCUACCGCGACGGCCUCCACUCUGCCAUCAGUGCACGUCUUGGAGGUAACAGCGCCUGGUUGGCUGCUGAAGAGAACAAGAAGCAAUACAUCCAGGUUGACUUCCUCGCUCCUAGAAUCAUCACCGGUGUCACCACUCAGGGACGACCGACUGCUCCUAGCUACGUGACCUCCUACAAGGUCUUCUACUCCUACGACGGUGCCAACUGGAAUGCCUACAGAGAGACAAAGGGAGAGGAUAAGGUGUUUUCCGGCAACUUCGACAACGAGACUCCUGUGACCAACAUGUUCAUGACUCCAAUCCGAGCCCGCUAUGUCAGGAUCAGCCCUCAGACAUGGAGCGGCAUGAUGGCCCUGAGAUUCGAGAUCCACGGAUGCUUCGAGAGCUACCCAACUGUGUCGCAAACGCCAGUGAACCCCCUGAAACCAACAGGCAAACCCAUCGGUUCCUCCACCGUUGCGCCAGGUCAGACAGUGACACCCUUCCUUCCAGCCGGAUGUGUCAUCUGGGACUCAUGGGUCAACCUUGGUCAAGUGACACUGACAUCCAAUGGCGACCGUGAACCAAUCGACGAGGUCAAGAAGGCAUCACUGACAUGUCAACAGCCAAUGAGCAUCGAGUGCCGAACAGCCACCCCUGACCACACCGCUUCCGGUGAGACAGGUCAGAAGGUAACCUGUAAUUUGUGGAAAGGCCUUGUGUGCAACAACGCUGAUCAGAAGGAACCAAUGUGCUUCGACUACGAGGUCAGACUUGGCUGUCUGAAACAGACACAGGAAUGUUUGUCUAAGAUCCCCACCGCCACACCCACCGCCGGCCCGUCUGUCUCCCCCACCUACAACGUCAACCUCAUCCCCUGCUACACUGGAAUGGACCUGAGUCAGUGCCCCAAGGAGGGUUGUUCUAGCGGCUUCUUCUGUGACGGAGUCAAGUGUGUCCGCAAGGCCGAGUGUCCAUGCAUGAUUGAUGGACAAGUUGUUCUGCCUGGUCAAAUCACCCAAAACAGCAACUGUGAUACCUGCCAGUGUGUGAGCGGCGAGGUCAAGUGUCUCCCCAAGACCUGUCCAGACUGCAAAGAGGGUCUCGAAACCGUUCUGGAUAAGGAUACAUGCGAAUGCGAGUGUGAGGCAUGCGCAAUUGGAGACUUCCGUUGCGGAAAUGGCCAGUGUAUCCCCAGCUCUGCCCGAUGUGAUGGUGUCGCCGACUGUACCACCGAUGAGUUCGAAUGCUCAUCGACACCGAUCUUCACACUGCCGACCACUCAAAAACCAUCUACAACGAUACAAGCAACUACGCCCACGUCGACUACACAAUAUUUCAAUGAUUUCAACACCACGCACCAUAAGAUUGUGACAACAAGCGUUGCUCCCAACACCACCGUUCAUCUUCCACCACACGUGCCUACACCAACUGCCUGUGUCGAAGUCACGUGCUCUCCCCUUGUUCAGCCUCCACUGAAACAAGGUGAGGUCGCCAAGGUCAUCAAGGGCUCGGAUGGAUGCUGUGAGGAGUAUCUGGUUGUUUGUGAGCCACGUCAAUGUCCACAGAUCUCCAAGGACUGCAUGAAGCCCGAGAUCCUCACCAUGGUCGACAGCGGCGACAGGUGCUGCCCACAGUACACUUGUGCAUGUCCACCAAAGUGUCCAGUUCCAACUCAACCACCAUGUGCUUUCGGAUCCCAGGUCGUGGACAUCAUUGGUGGCUGCAACUGCACAACCAAGGCAUGUGUUGCAGGCACCCCGAGCCCCUUCCCUGUGGUGACCACAGCCAUCCCCACGCCAAUCUGUAGAUACUCAAUGACCAAGAUGGUGACCAAUGGUAAGGAGGUGGAUCGUACUAAUCCAGUGGAGGUGACCCACACCGUUGGUCAGCAAUGGGCGGAUGGUCUGUGCAAGACCUGCCAGUGUGUCAACAGCACCAGUAGUACUGCAGAAACAACAUGUCGGGAACAACAGUGUCCAGCCUGCACGCUGGGAGAAGAGAGACGUCUGACCGACGGCACCUGCUGUGGAGAAUGUGCUAAGAUUGGUUGCGUUGUCAACGGCACGGUUUACAAGAACGGAGAGAAGAUCCAGCCUUCUAUGAAGUGUUUCGAGAAGAUGUGUACAGUUGACAUAACGACAGGCGACUUCAUCCUCCAGCAAACCCAAAUACAGUGUGAACCUAUCGACAAGCUGCCCCAGUGCACAGGAAGCGAAAAGGAAUACGAUUCUACUGGAUGCUGUCUCAGAUGCGCGCCUGAAGGCAUGUUACCAACCAACUUCUCCUCGGUAUGCCAGACCUGCACUCCAAGACUGAUGUUCGGACAGAUCCAGCAGUCCAUUGGCUUCUUCAAGGUCAAUGACAACGGUGAGAUCUGCUCCAACGUGGAACCAAUCCCAGAACUCAAGGAAUGUGGAGGUUACUGCGGCUCGACUUCCAGCUACACCGCACUCAUGCGCGGCUUUGACAACAAAUGCCAGUGUUGCCAGCCAGCAAAGACGGUAUCCAAGUCUAUCCUGCUUGUCUGCGGUACUGGAAGGAAGAUCACCAAGACCUACAACGUACCGGAAACAUGCGGUUGCAGCGCAUGCUCAAAGGGAGCAUAAUCUCGAACCCACUUCCGGCCAUGAACUCCCUGUGAAAGUGACACAUAACAGGUGUGAUCCUCCCCAUGAAUGUGUGACAACGUGACAUUAAUGCAAGAAUUAUUUAUUCAUGAACCUGUGAUUACAAUGCUCAAGUUGAUUUAUGUUUAAGUUUUUGUCUCAAAAUGAAACUGUACAUAUAUAUAUAUGUUAUACUUUUUUCUGGAAUGUGCAAUGUCCUGACCUGUUCAGCUGAACAACAAAAAAUACAAAUUGUCUAUGUUUGCAACAAUGAAUAUUAAUGAAUGUUUAUACUUCAAAUGUCUUUCCAAUGAUAUAUGUAGGUUGUUGCAAGAUGUUAUACACUUAUUUAUUGUAAAAUCAUGGUGAGGAAAUAAAUAAAGCAAUAUUACUUUA